AUGAACACCCCUGGCUCCCUUUCACCGGUGCCCGUGACCUCGGAACCCGGGAACACCUCCUCAGCCUGGCCCCCAGAUGCAGUCCUCGGAAAUGCGUCCACAGCAUCAAGUGCGGCAGGGCUGGCUGUCAGCGGCAUUCUAAUCCCACUGGUCUAUCUGGUGGUGUGCGUGGUGGGCCUGCUGGGCAACUCCCUGGUCAUCUACGUGGUCCUGCGACAGACGGCCACCCCAUCGGUCACCAAUGUCUACAUCCUCAACCUGGCGCUGGCCGAUGAGCUUUUCAUGCUGGGGCUGCCCUUCCUGGCUGCCCAGAAUGCUCUGUCCUACUGGCCCUUCGGCUCCCUCAUGUGCCGCCUGGUCAUGGCUGUGGAUGGCAUCAACCAGUUCACCAGCAUCUUCUGCCUCACGGUCAUGAGCGUGGACCGCUACCUGGCCGUGGUGCACCCCACCCGCUCAGCCCGCUGGCGCACGGCGCCCGUGGCCCGCACAGUCAGUGCGGCCGUCUGGGUGGCCUCGGCCGUAGUGGUGCUGCCCGUGGUGGUCUUCUCGGGCGUGCCCCGCGGCAUGAGCACCUGCCACAUGCAGUGGCCCGAGCCGGCGGCUGCCUGGCGGGCUGGCUUCAUCAUCUACACGGCCGCGCUGGGCUUCUUUGGGCCGCUGCUGGUCAUCUGCCUCUGCUACCUGCUUAUCGUGGUCAAGGUGCGCUCCGCCGGGCGGCGGGUGCGGGCCCCCUCGUGCCAGCGGCGGCGGCAUUCUGAGCGCAAGGUCACGCGCAUGGUGGUGGCCGUGGUGGCGCUCUUCGUCCUCUGCUGGAUGCCCUUCUACGUGCUCAACAUCAUCAACGUGGUGUGCCCGCUGCCCGAGGAGCCUGCCUUCUUCGGCCUCUAUUUCCUGGUGGUGGCCCUGCCCUACGCCAACAGCUGUGCCAACCCCAUCCUUUAUGGCUUCCUCUCCUACCGCUUCAAGCAGGGCUUCCGACGGGCUCUGCUGAGGCCCUCCCGCCGUGUGCAAAACCAGGAGCCUCCCGUGGGGCCUCCGGAGAAGACAGAGGAGGAAGAGGAGGAUGGAGACGGGGAGGACCGGCACAAGGGAGCAGGGAAGCCGGGGGGCUGGGGGGAGAUGAAUGGCCGGGUCAACCAGAUCAUACAGCCAGGUCCCAGUGGACAGGAGCGGCCUCCCAGCAGCACCACCAGCAAGGAGCAUCAGUUCCUACCCCAAGAACCCUCGGCUGGGGAGAAAUCCGACACGCUGCACAUCAGCUAUCUCUAG